CUGUGUGCUACGCCACUCAGCCUUCGUCUACAAGUUCGUUUAGGCAGCAGUCUGCCUUGUGAACUCGUAACUGUGCGAUAUUUAUAAUUCUCUCGUCUCCCAUUAUUGCUCAGUUCUGGGGCUCGCUUACCCUACCUUUCUCCCCUACAGAUUAGUCUCUGCGAGUCUUUUCUUGUAUUGUGACAGCUGUGCAAUUACCCUGAACGAAAUGUGUCGCUGUCGCAUGCGCGUUGACCAGUAUCUCAAGAUCACUAAGGCUCGAUAUGAAGCUCAAAAACCCAAACCUCUUUCCAAGCGGAGAUUCCGUGAGCUUUCGCCGCCCCCUCCGAUCACACGGCGUUCCAAGAGGGUCAGGACUGGUCAUUACCAUGAAGGGCCUCAACCACAGUCUACACAACCAGAUUGUUUGUUGCUGAAUCGACUCCCUGCAGAGAUUCGUCUGAGAAUCUGGGAGUACGCAGUCGGAAGACAGGAUUUGCAUAUCCUGCGCAAACAGGGGAAGAUGGGCUAUUCUGCCUGCGCUGGUGAGAUGUGUAAAGAUUGUCCCAAGGUAGAUGGAGUGCUAUAUAAACGCCAUGUGCGAGAUCAAGUGGAGCCUUUCAAGAAGGAUCUACAGUUAGCAGAGAUGAGUCUGCUAAACCUGCUCUUGACAUGUCGCCAAAUCUACUCUGAGGCGAUUGACGUGCUCUACACUUCAAACACUUUUCUCUUCCCCCACAUCUGGAACCUGACGUUCUUUCAAACCACAAUCCGCCCCAAACGCUUCGCCUCUAUUCGCUCAGUCCAUCUCUCCCAUUUCUUUGAGCCGCAUCAAUACGAAAAUCAACCUCUGAGAGGGAAAAGCUCCUACAUCGCCUAUCCCGGCGCGGAAGUAGCCUGGGAAUCAGGCUGCAAAGCUUUGCUCGCUAUGACCAAAUUACGUCAACUCAGGAUCGACGUCCGGCGGGCAGGAUUCUAUCCUGCGAAUGUAUCGCCCCUUGGACUUGUUAGUGUGUUCGAGCCAUUGAAAGGCCUGAAGGUGGGUGAUUGGACCGUGGAGGUGACGAUAGGCAGUCCGGACUGGGCAGUGAAUCUGAAAAUGAUGGAGAGUGAGUUGAGGAAUAGAGGGCUGGGUAUAAGCGUGGUGGGGAAACCUUGGGUUCAUCCAAGUCAGACUUAGUAGAAUGUUGUCGUUGUUCCUAGCGAUUUCCUGCGUCUGCUCUAGAUAUGGACAAGAAGAAAUGGGGUCUGCUAGCCGGAUAUUUCUUACACUAGGCCAGUGCGAAUCCUGCGUUGGUGAUUAUCCGUUCGGACAAAAGUGUUUCAAUUACCUGAAACUUUAGCAGUUUGAGUGAUAGCUGGCUGAGUGCAUUCUACUAACACCCACGAUCGUAUAAGUAGACACCUUUCAGCUGAAAUUUGGGCAUUUGAGUUCUACCGCUCUUAACCUAACCAAUUUCAGUCUCACUCUUUUCGCGCCUCCAGUGCCAGUCCACCUCAUUUCUUCAAACCUAGGCAGUU